AUGCAAGAGCUACCGGAUUGCUUGUACGAGGGAAAGCAACCAACCUUAAUCACUCCUAAAUCUCCCACACCAAAUCACUUUCUCUAUCUUUCUAACCUCGACGACCAUCAUUUUCUCAGAUUUUCUAUCAAGUACCUCUACCUUUUCCAAAAAUCUAUCUCAUCUUCAACCCUCAAAGAUUCUCUCUCUAGGGUUCUUGUAGAUUACUACCCUUUAGCCGGUCGGAUCAAACCCUUCAAUGACCGGACCAAACUGGAGGUUGACUGUAAUGGGGAAGGCGCGGUUUUCGCAGAAGCUUUCAUGGAUAUAACUUCUCAAGAGUUCCUUCAGCUUUCUCCUAGACCAAAUAAGUCUUGGAGGAAGCUCUUGUUCAAGGUUCAAGCUUCGAGUUUCUUGGAUGUUCCUCCUCUUGUUAUACAGGUGACUCAUCUCCGUUGCGGUGGCAUGAUCCUAUGCACAGCGAUCAAUCAUUGCCUUUGUGACGGCAUUGGCACAUCGCAAUUCCUACAUGCAUGGGCCCAUGCCAACACCACCCAAACUCAUCUUCCGAUCCGACCGUUCCACUCCCGCCACGUGUUAGACCCACGAAAUCCUCCACGUGUCACACACUCACACCCCGGUUUCACACGAACCACCACAACCACCGCAGACAAAAACUCAUCCACCUUCGACAUUUGCAAGCGAUUACAGUCAUCCCAGCCACUGGCUCCCGCCACGUUAACCUUCACACCAUCUCUUAUCCUACGCUUAAAGAAAACAUGCGCUCCCUCGCUAAAAUGCACAGCGUUCGAGGCACUCGCGGCUCACACGUGGUGCUCGUGGGCUCGAUCUCUCGACCUGCCGUUGACCAUGCUGGUCAAACUCUUGUUCUCUGUCAAUAUGAGGAAAAGGCUUAUUCCACAACUUCCUCAAGGGUAUUAUGGUAACGGUUUCGUGCUAGCUUGCGCCGAAAGCAAAGUGCAAGACCUAGUCAAUGGUAAUAUUUACCACGCGGUAAAAUUGAUACAAGAGGCGAAAGCGAGAAUCACCGACGGUUAUGUGAGAUCAACAAUAGAUUUUCUGGAGGAUAAAACGGUGAAAACGGACGUCUCAUGCAGUUUGGUAAUUUCACAAUGGGCUAAAUUGGGAUUAGAGGAGGUGGACUUUGGAGGAGGAAAGCCAAUGUAUAUGGGUCCUUUGACGAGUGAUAUUUACUGUUUAUUUUUACCGGUCGUUGGAAACUUUGAUUCCAUUAGGGUUCAGGUGUCGCUGCCGGAGGAUGUUGUGAAGAGGUUAGAGUGUGAUAUGGUUAAGUUUGUAGACGAAAAAGAUUACGAAGAAGAUAAUUCUCUUGCGUGA